CUCAUGCAGACUGUUCAUGUCUAUAUGGCCUGUUACGCCACAGGCGCGCACGUGCAGAGAAAACCCGUCGACAGUUGCGGAUGCUACCACAACGGCACAACCCCAUGCUUACGCACUCCCGCGCAGCCCUCGUCCGAGCGGUCACUGCGUGUGCCGGCUGCCGGGAAGCGCAGGCCCUCCACUCCCUGACCUGGAAGCUGGGCCUCGCCUCCGACGUGGUGCUGGCCACCGCCUUGCUGACCCGCUACGCGAAGCGGGGCCUCCUGGCCUCCGCCCAGAGGCUGUUCGACGAAAUGCCGCGUAGGGAUGUGGUCGCCUGCAACGCCAUGCUCGCCGCGCUCGGCGCCGCCGGGAGGACCGCUGACACCCGUGCGCUGUUCGAGCGAAUGCCGGACAGGACCCCUGCCUCGUGGAACACCAUGGUCACGUGCCACUGCAGGGCCGGCGACCUCGCCUCGGCUCGGCGGGUCUUCGAGGCAAGCCUCCGCGCGGGGAGCAGCAGUGUUGUGUCGUGGAACGCGAUGAUCGACGGGUACUGCAAGGUUGGGCGGAUGGACGCCGCGCGGGACCUGUUCGACCGUAUGGGCUGCACGUUGCCGGACGUUGUGACGUGGAACACGAUGAUGGCCGGGUACCUGCACCAAGGGGAACCCGCCGCCGCCAUUGCCAUGUUCCACCGUCUGGUGCACAUUCAUCAGCAACAGCAGCAGCAUGAGGAGGAACACAGGCUGAGGCCCACCACGGUGACCAUGGCCACCGUGGUGACCGCGUGCACCCAGGUGGGGGAUUUCGCCCUGGGCCAGCAGAUCCAUCUGCAGAUCCGGCAGCAGGGGACACGAGUCGACGCCGUGCUGAGCAAUUCCCUGAUGGACAUGUACUUCAAGUGCGGGAGCGUGGACCGCGCGCUCGACGUCUUCCGCACCAUGCCCAGCCGCCCCAACCUCUUCUGCUGGAACACGGUGAUCGCGGGGCUCGGCAUGAACGGCCGCGGCCAGGACGCCGUCAACGCGUUCCGUGACAUGGUCGACGGGGCGAGGAACCGACGGCAGCACGAGGUCAAGCCGGACGCGGUGACGUUCGUGGCGCUCCUGUCGGCGUGCAGCCACUCGGGGCUGGUGGCCGCGGGCCGGAAGCUCUUCGCCGACAUGCUGCCGGUGUACGGCUUGCCGCCCCAGACGGAGCACUACGGGUGCGUGGUCGACCUCCUGUGCCGUGCGGGCCGCGUCGACGAGGCGGCGCGGCUCGUGCGGACGAUGCCCGGCCGGCCCAAUGCCAAGGUGCUCGGAAGCCUGCUCCUACUUGACGCCCACGCCCCGGAGCGGGAGGGCGGCGUCAGGCUGAGCGAGUGGGCGGCGCGACGGAUCUCAGAGAUGGACCUCGGGGAUGGCGCCGCGUACGGCCUGUCCAAUGUGUACGCGUCCCUGCAGCGGUGGGACCGCGUCGAGGAGCACAGGAGCGGGGUGCGCGCGGCCGCGAGGCACGGCAGGGGCACGCGCCACAAGCAGCCCGGGCGUACCUGCUAUGACCUGGCGAGCUCGUGCGCAAAUUGAAACGCGACGGCGGUAGCAGGGGAUGCGAGGUACUCCGUUCUCCAUAGUUCACAUCCUCUUCAAGGAAUCAGGUUGUAUAGGAUUCACGAUUCCGUCUAGUACCCUCAAAGUCAAAGCUGACUUGGAUGCCAGAAACCUGCUUAUCGUCUCAACAGAUGCCAUUCGUUUGAUGGUAAAUAAAAAGGAAUAUCAAGAAUUUAUGUUGUACUACACUUUCAGCUAACCUAGAGGUUGUGCUUAUGCAAAAAUCGAUGUCAGUGAAGUAAUCCUAGAAAUCUAGGAAUUGUCAGGAAU